AUGGAGCAAACGGAACUGGUACCACCCCCUGUUCCUCCUGGCACUUUCGAGAUGAACACAUCGGUACCGCAAUAUUUCGCCACUGGUGUGCCAGAACCAGGACAUCACCCAGCCCAGCACGAAUAUUACACAGGGCCACCCAUGCCGCCACCACCUCCGUUACCUGAGCCACCCGGUACAAGUAACGUUUCACUCGACCCGAUGCUACAACAACCGCCCCAACCUCAAUCUCAGCCACAACCCCCUCAAAACCAGACUCAUGAUCAGGGAUCAGAAGCCAUCAUCAAUGCAGCCAAGGCGGAGCGCACUGCACAAGAUCGCGAGCGGGGUCGAUUGCGAGUGCAGCGAUUUCGAAUGAAGCGUAAACUCGCAGACGUGGAUGCCGGAAGGCGAGAUAAAGAUACACUGAAGAAGAUCAAGUUCCCAUCUACAAUAGCUCAGGAGGGCGAAAGUAAUGGUGCUGGGCCAUCAACCCCCCGCAAAGUCAGUGGUGUGAAGGACACGGAAGCUGAAUUGCGAGAGCGUGAACGAGGGCGGCUGCGCGUCCAGGCUUAUCGGAUGCGUAAAAAAAUGGCAGAGGCUAAGGAAGGUAUUCGCGAUGUGACCACGUUGAAGAAGAUUCGAACAGUUAAGUCUGGGACGGCCCCCGUGACACCACCUGCACCAAACCCGAUUACAUAUGCUGCUGCCAUGCCUCACUUGCAACCUCCUAUGAUUCAAUAUCAAACUGAUGAGAUAUUCAAUGUGUCAAUUGAAACUCAACCUAUGCUUCCACCGCCUCCACUUCACCAGACGGCUAUACCUGACCAAACUGAAGCCCAAUCCACGGUCGAUAUCUCCCAACCCCCUAGCUCAUCGCCCACGGCCUCGACUACCACAUCCCCUCGUCAGCGUGCAGUCCGGACCAAUUGGUUCCACCCCUCACGUUGGUCAACAAUCAAUGCAGCUGGGCUCCGGGCCAAUUUUAGCUCAGCCCAUGAAAUUGUUCGAUUGGCAAAGCUUGCCCCUGGAGGCGAAGACAUCUUCAAAACCUUGGAUCGUGGGACAGUACACAAAUGGAUCGAUAAAGAGCGGGGGGGAUGGAGUGAAAGUGUGCUCGAAAAGGUCCGCAAGGCCGCUGUUAAGGAGGCUGAAAGCUGGGAUGCAGCACGGAUUGAUGACAUUGUGAAACCAGAUAACCCUAGCGUCUUUGAAGGAGGACUAAUGUCGCUUGACGAAUCGGGGCAAGAAGAGCAAACUGAACUAGUACCCUUGACACAAGUCUAG